ACAUCAGGUAAGUAGUGAAUAUAACAAAACUUACCAAUAAAACAGAAGUGAGCAAAAUAUUUCGCUUUCAGAAUGGCUCCCCUACGAAAACAAAUUUCGCGUAAACAGUACUCCGAAGAAACCAUCAAAAGGUGUCUGCAGGUCAUUGCCUCCGGGAAAACAGUGUACGCAGGGUGCAAGCAAUUCGGAAUUCCGAUGUCCACGAUCCGCUAUCGGAUGAGUGGACUUUGGAAAGAAAAAUACAAACCGGGCCCGGAAUCCGUGCUAACGAAAAGCGAAGAGCGGAAAAUUUUUCGAUGGCUAGGAGAUAUGCAGGAUCGUGGCUUCCCUGUUUCACGGCGAACUUUGCGAUUCAAAGUUUCGGAGUUUUUGUCGUCGGAUCCAAGUCGAAUUACACCGUUUCGCAAUAAUCAACCAGGACGCAAAUGGCUAAUCGGUUUUAUGCGACGUAAUCCUGGAUUCUCUUUCCGUACACCAGAAGCAGUAUCAUCAGCUGGCGGACGCGUGACCGAGAGAGACAUCCGCGGUUGGUUCCAGAUGAUUGAAAAGUGGCUAACACAGAACCACAUGCGAGAAAUUUUGAAUGACCCUGGCAGAGUGUUUAAUGGGGACGAAACAUCAUUCUACCUGCAUCCCAAAACGAAGGAAGUCAUUGCCCGAACUGGUUCCCGUAACGUGUACGAAGUCGAACAGGCCGCUGGAAAGCAAAACGUAACUCUGAUGUUUUCUUUCGGAGCAGCAGGCGUUAAGGUUACCCCGCACGUGAUUUUGCCUGGGAAACGUCUUCGCAAAGAAGUGGUCCAAGGUUUCCCUCCUGACUACGAGUCUACUGAUAAUUAUGACAGUAUGCCAAUGGAGAUUGACAUCAGCAACUGUGAAAUCAUUAAUGUCGAGGAGAUCGGAGGUUGUUUAACGAAGAUCUUUCGAAAUCGGACGCCUCGACGAAGUGGAAAACAUCGUAAUUAUGUCAAGCAGUACCAGCCCGUCCUAACAGCUGGGGAACGCCUCGAAGAAAUCCGCAAGAAAGAAGAACAGAAGGUGCAAAUGGAGCUGCAAAAGAAACGGAAGGCUAUUGAACGGCAAGAAGCGAAGCAGAAGCGUGAAGAACUGAAGAGAGCUAAAAUGGAGGAACGAGAGCGGAAGAAAAAGGAAGGAAAACAGAAAAAAACCUAA